GGGCUGAACAGCCAAACAGCAUUUACCCGGAGCUACUGAGAUUCUGGACAUAAUGUUUUGGCCCACCAAGAAGGACCUCAAGACUGCCCUGGAGGUCUUUGCUCUUUUCCAGUGGGCCCUCAGUGCCUUGCUUAUAGCAACUACUGUGAUCCUUGUCAACCUCUACUUGGUGGUGUUCACGUCAUACUGGCCUGUCACUGUGUUGGUGCUCAUCUGGUUGGCUUUUGACUGGAAGACUCCUGAGCGAGGUGGCCGCCGGUUCGCCUGCGUGAGGAGGUGGUCUUUGUGGAAACACUACUGCAAUUACUUCCCAAUCAAGAUUGUGAAGACGAAUGACAUUUCCCCCAGCCAAAACUACAUCCUUGCCUGCCAUCCUCAUGGGCUCAUGGCCCACUCAUGCUUUGGCCACUUUGCUACUGAGAGAUCAGACUUCUCCAAGACCUUUCCUGGUAUCACUCCUUAUAUGCUCACACUAGGAGCCUUUUUCUGGGUGCCUUUCUUCAGAGACUAUGUAAUGGCUACAGGGGCCUGCUCUGUGAGUCAAUCCUCCAUGGACUUUCUGCUUACCCAAAAGGGCAAAGGCAACAUGCUUGUUGUGGUGGUUGGUGGCCUGGCUGAGUGCAAACACAGCCUGCCAGGCUCUACCACCCUGUUCCUGACAAAGCGGCUUGGUUUUGUUCGCACGGCCCUUCAACAUGGGGUAUCUCUAAUCCCUGCUUAUGCCUUUGGAGAGACAGACCUCUAUGACCAGCACAUUUUCACUCCUGGGGGGUUUAUCAAUCGCUUCCAGAGGUGGUUCCAGAAGAGGGUACACAUCUAUCCCUGUGCUUUCUAUGGCCGUGGCUUCACCAAGAACUCCUGGGGCCUUCUGCCCUAUGCUCAGCCAGUGACCACUGUUGUCGGGGAACCUCUACCACUGCCCAAGAUUGAGAAUCCGAGCAAGGAGAUUGUGGCCAAAUACCACACCCUGUAUAUUGACGCCCUCCGAAAAUUGUUUGAUCAGCAUAAGACCAAGUUUGGCAUCUCAGAGACCCAGGAGCUGGUGAUAGUUUGAAAGGCAUUCCCCUGACUGGAUGGUGUGGAACUGGUGACAACAGGCCACAGUUACCUACGGAGCUUCACUUCUGACUUGACUAUCCUCGCUAGUGGGAGGUGGGGGUGUGUCCAUUUGGUUGUGUUCUGUGCCCAUCCUUUUCCACGUCAUUCUUUCUCCUAGAAUGUUUAUUUUUUUUCUUUUCCCCUGCAACAGAGAAGACCCUAGGCAGAGAGGUUCACUGAAGUCACUGCGAGUUCAUGAAAGCAUCAGCACGGGAGAAACCUUUGGAUAGAAUAAACAGCUUUCCUCUGGUACUGUGUGUUCCAGCUAGUCUGUUUUGAGGGCUCUAGGACCUUGUGUGUGUGUAAUUCUCCUAGUUUCAAGAUUCUUACAAAAUUGGGUAUCUCAAGAGCCAGGGAACAUCGGCUUAGUCAGCAGCAUGUUCGAGACCUAUGAUUUUUAUGGGCAAUCCGUCACCUCUUAUCCGGUUUAUUCAACUGUAAAAUGGGACUAACGAUCCUUCCCCUGAUUACAUCAAAGGUUACUGGCAAGUUUAAAUGCUACUGCACAUGACUAAA